AUGCAGGGGAUCUUUGCGCUGUCCUCUCUACUGCUCCUGGGACAUUCACGGAGCCAAGGACACAAGUCGCGCCUCAUCUCGAUGCUACAGGCCAAUCUCGUCAAGUCCGACAGAGAAAGCGUCAUGCAAAAUCUUAUUGCGACCAUGCUCUUGUAUCAGUGUGAAGUCUGCGAUACUGCCAGCCCCGGAGAGCUGUGGCGAUUGUACCUCUGCGGUGCGAAAAAGAUAAUAUACGCAGCUUCGCAAUCGCGGACCCUGUAUCGGCAUGACUCUGGGAUACUGAUGGAUUGGAUCUAUUAUCACGAAGUGAUGUCAGAAUUCAGCUUGCGGCACUGGGCAGAACGAAGCAUCAACUCGUUCUGCAAAGGACCAUUGGCGAUGCGACCCAACAACAUCACAGCCGAUGAAUUGCCAGCUUCUGACAGAAUCACCUGUCCCACGGAUGUCCUUGACCUCGUCCGAAACGUCUGUAAGCGCCCAUCGUCUGAUCCAGGUGACCAUAGUCCGUAUAACAACACCGACAUGGGACAAAUUCAUCAACUUCGACAACGCAUCUACGGAAUCAUUGGGGAAUACGGAACCUUCCACGACAACUGCGAAUCAUCGUUGACUAGACAGGACAUGAUGACUUCUCUAUAUCGAUAUGCUGCAUUGAUCUAUCUUAAUCGCUCCGUUGCGAAUAUAUCGAUAUCUUCCUUCUCUCACAGAAGGCUAGUGCGGGAGGGUAUACUGCUGCUACAAAACCUUGGGUUUUGUGAGAGCGCGUGGCCGCUAUUCGUUAUCGCCUGCGAGGCCAAGGAAGAUGAGCAGCGUCUCCAAAUACUGGCUACUUUGGCUGACACCAGACGGGAAUUGGGCCAGCGAUCAAGUCAUAUCCCUCUCAUUCAACACAUGAUUGAAGCUGUGUGGAAUCAGAACGAUCUUAACAUUGAGAGCGAU